GUCGUCGUCUUUCAUAUCACACUUUCGUUGCACGUCAAAAUCAAAAAGAUUUUAAUAUUGGGCGAGGAGUCACCUAAUAACUUGAAGUCUGACUCUUCAGACCUACGUCUUCGUAUUCAAACUGCUUUGUUCAUCUCCUCCUACCAGGUCGAAGAAGAUUCAGGCUACCAUCCAAAGAAAUAAUUCCACACAAGAAAAAUAACCUCAUUCGAGCAUGGACGACCAACUUCCACCGCCACCGUAUUCUGUUCACAACCCUCACGAUACGUCAAGCCAAAUUUUAGCGGACUCAGUAGGCUUGGUUCCGCAAGAAAGCAAUGACUUGAGCGCAUCAUCGAUAGGAGCAAAUUCCCAUUUUGCUUCAAGGCCUCCAGAUCAGACACCUCCAAGUAGGAUCAUUUCCCAUCGAAUAGUACUCGAACCUGACUCAAGCCGGGACGAGAUUGAACUCCCCCCACUGUUCUCGGAGCGCGGCGUUGAUGAACAGGACUGGUUCACUUUUUGCAACCAUCUCUUUCCAGACCAUGUCUUAGCUGGGAAUAAUCAGAAAGGGGGCACAUCAUAUGAGUUAGAUGAGAAACAGCCACUUUAUCCAUCCAGCAAAAACGCCAACGGCCUUGGUAAUCUAGGAUUAUCAAAUUCUACAACAGGGCCAAAGGACGGAGACUCUGAGAAAGAUUACGUGCGCCGGUCAAACAUUCACAAGGUAGUCAAAGAGUGGAAUUCUGGAUUCUUCGAACCCCGAGGUCUGUUGGUGAUUGCAAAAACUUCCGUCCCGUUAUCAUCCAAGCUUGGAGAUCUCAAUUCGCGUUCUAUAUUUGGAGGAACGAUUAUUGCCAAAGCUGCUGCCAGAGGAGAUUUUAAAGUGGUCGAGGGCCUUCUCCUGCAAGGUGCUGACCCUGACUCGUCCGCCUUGUAUGACGCGGCAGCCAACAGACAUCCUUCGGUAGUAAAUCUACUGAUCCAACAUGGCGCAAAGGUAGAUACGAAACCUUCAACCACUCACCUGGUCGCCUCGCAGGGCAAUGCGCGGACACUUGCAACUCUGCUGAAGUAUGGUGCCAACCCCAACCACAAGAACUGGACUGGAAAUUCUCCUCUAUUUGACGCUGCAGGCCGUGGCGACAUUCCAGUAUUAAAGCUUCUUCUUGCCUAUGGGGCAAAUCCAAAUUAUGCCAAUACAGGAGGGCAUUCCGCUUUAUACUAUGCCAUCCAGAGGCGCGAUACUACUGUGAUCCAACUGCUCCUCGACUAUGAGGCGGAUCCGAACUACCGACCCUGGACUGGGCAGCCAUGUGUCCAUCUUGCUGCAGCACAAGGCGACAUGAAUACCGUACAGGCCCUAAUUUCCAAAGGUGCCGACAUUAAUGCGACCCCUACCAUGGGCGAAACUGCCCUCGGCUCAGCUAUCUAUCGUGAUAAUCUUGAAAUGGUACACCUCUUACUGGAUAACGGUGCCGAUGUGAACAUAAAGCCUCUAACUGGACAGUCGCCACUGUUUCUCGUGGCUAGUAGAGGAGAAGUGGUGUUGCUGCGGCUACUCUUAGAAAAGGGUGCGAACCUGGAUGAGUCGCCGCCUGGGUUUCCUAGUGCGUUAUAUAUGGCGAUACACCGGGAGGAUCUUGAAACUGCCAAGGUCCUACUUGAAUUUGGAGCCAACGCAAGCACUGGUAACUCACUCAAUGUUGCCGUCGAUCAUAGUAAUGUGAAUGCAGUAAAACUGCUUCUGGAUCACGGUGCGGACCCGAAUUCAAAACCUCCCGGAGGGCAGACGCCUUUGUACAGUUCUGCUGCCAAAGGAGAUACGGUGUCGAUGGAGCUGCUCUUGAAGAAAGGUGCCAAGGUCGAUUGGACGCCGGCUGGGUUUCCGACCGCGCUCUACAUGGCUGUGGCCAGGGAAGAUCCAAAAGUGGCCAGGAUUUUAUUGAGUUACGGAGCUGACGUAAAUGCAACGGUGGCGGGAUUCGGUACUGUUUUAGAUCGUGUGAUGAAGAGUGGAAGUGAAGAAAUCAGGCAGUUAUUAUCACUGGAUAAGAGUAACUACUAUCCGUUUGAUAAGGAGGGCUGAGAUGUUAUUGGGAAAUUUUAGGGGAGAUAUACUAUUGGGAUUUUCCCGGGAACACACUAAGGGGCAGGGGACGUCUCAAAAACGACGAUUGCCCAGGCUCUUAAACCGCACGAUAAUACAACAUAUUCUACAUAUGACCAUACACGCAAGAGACAGGCAUCUCGUCCGCUCUGCCUGCCAUACACAUGGAUGAGUGAUACUAAGAACUCCUUGGCACUAUCAUCCUCACCCAUGCCAACGGAUGGAAGUAGAGAGGAAGCCGCGUACUAUGGUCUCUCAAAGGCGCUUGGUCUACCAUUUUCGAAGAGUAUACGAGAUCUCUCCGCCUGAAAAGGCGACAACAACGGCUGCAAGGAUGUGCUUCACGCCAUCAGACUCCGUACCACCACGCCACAUUAGACGCAUGUGUCUCAAAGCGUCCUGAAUUACCCACCUAUUAAGGUUUACAUUGCGCCUUACAUGUGGCUGUCAGUUUGGGUGACAACCAGCUUACAAUGAUAAUUGUAAGCUUCUUGUAAGCUACUUUCCGACAAUCUUAAAUUUUCUUGACAGGUCGAUAGUCUUAAUUCCGCUCUCACAAAAUGUCACCCCCACGCCCAGCCCUUACUAUCCCUUCAUAAAUCCCUAGGGAACCUCACCUAUCACGACAAUCCCCACUUCAAUCACGACUUUAAUCACAACAUCACUUCAAACUGUAAUAUCGGCAUAACAUUCCCCAACGCUGUUAUCAUUUUAAUGUGCGGGGUAAGGGAGCAUAUAGGUAGGGAUUGUUGGAUGUUGUAAUUAUUAUCUUUUUUGUGGUAUUUAUUAUGGUUUAAUUCCUGGUUUCUGGGUGGUUUCGAGGUUGAGAGGCAUCAUAUAUUUACAUGCACAUGUAAUCUAGAAG